AUGUCGGACACAGAAAGUUUUGUUGUGUCGUGCGAUCCGGCUGACGCCCGGCGCUCGCAGGUACCCGGGCCUGCGAGUGUGAAAUUGGUUACCGACGGACGCGCAGGGGUAGGCGACCAGGCCCCUGUCGCUGAUAAUAUUACUGGCAGCACAGAAUACGCCGAGGAGCGGCCGCGCGGAUCGUCUUCCGUUAGGAAACGUCCGCGCGACCGUGCUUCGAUGGGAGGUGGUUCGGCGGGUCAGUCCUCAGAUGAGGACGGCCUGCCAGCUCCGAAGCUGCCGACCGGGAGGAGAGGUCGGCAGACAUCGAGGGGAGCGAGUGCUUCGCGGCCGCGGAGGGACGCACAGGGCAGGUUUGUGCGUUCCAGUGCCCAGGCGGCCAGCGAAGCGGAGAGCGACGUGGGGGUCACCACGGAGGACCCUGGCGGCGAGAGCGGUGCUUCGCUGGGGAGCUCGAAGGCGGCGCUCAACGCCGCCAGAAGGGAGCAGCGCAAAGCCGUCGCGGCCGACGAAGUGUCGGCGAUGGCAGAGCGCGCGCGUGAGCGACGCGCUGCUCUCACGGCCGAAGGGGGCGAGCCAUCCGCGGCGGCCCUGAGCCAGCUGGCCUUGGACGGGGUGGACUUGGUCCUGAAGGUUGCCACGAAGUCCGGCAGCCUGAAGGGCACGUUCACCCGCGGUCUGAAGGAGGCUGCCGCGGACAUUAAGGAGGCGGUUGGUGUCCUCCUCAACAGGACGGCCUCAGACGAGGUCGCGAAGUUGCAGGAGGAGAACGGCCGCCUCCGUGCCGACCUGGAGGACCUCCGGCGGCAAGUCGCUGCGCUGAGCGAGCAGCAACAGCGACGCACGCCGCCCACUGUCGCCGCACCGGUGGUGGCCCCGUCUCCCGCACCGAGACCGGCAAGCGCUCGUUCCGACGACGAGGUCGAGCGCAUAGUCCGGCUCUGCAUGCUCCAGUGCGGGAGCAUGGUCAAUGCCCGCAUAGAGGCGGUGUCUCGGCGCCUCCCCCCGGAAACCCUCCGUCCGCCCCUAGCGGCCGACGCAAGACGGAGGACGGAGGAGCCGCCGAGGCCUGCGCCUCGCCAGGGGAAGCCCACUGGGGGCGUCAAAAAGCCCGGCGAGGGAGCCCCGCCAAGUGCUAAGCCCACGACGGCCGGCUCUAAGGGUGAGAGCUGGGCGACAGUCGUGGGCCGCAAGAAGGCCCGCAAAGCCGCAAAGGCGGACUCCGCAGCAGCGCGCGCCCCAGGCCCUACGGCAAAGGCGGCUGCGCAGCCUGCGCGACGGACUGCCAAAGGCGGUCGCAAAGGACCGGCGGUGCGUGCCCCGCGUUCCGAGGCCGUGACGCUGACGCUGCAGCCCGGGGCUGCGGAGCGCGGCGUUACGUACCAGUCGGUCAUUGCCGAGGCCAAGGCCAAGAUCAAAUUGUCAGAUCUUGGCCUCCAGUCCGUCACCGUCAGGCAGACCGUCACGGGUGCGCGGCUGUUCGAGGUGGCCGGUGCUGCGAGCGGCAGCGCCGAAAAGGCGGACGCUCUGGCCGCCAAAAUGAGGGAGGUCCUCAACCCCGAGGACGUCCGGGUAUCCAGACCGGUGAAAACCGCAGAGGUGCGGAUCACCGGUCUGGACGAUUCCGUGACCCCCGAGGAAGUGGUGGCGGCCGUUGCCUGCAGUGGAGAGUGUCCGCCGGAUAGGGUGCGGGCCGGCGACAUACGCACCGACGCCACCGGACUCGGCGCAGUCUGGGUUCGGUGCCCUGUGGCGUCGGCGAAAAAGAUCGCCUUAGCUGGCGAAGUGAAGGUGGGCUGGGUUGCAGCGAGAGUAAAACUCCUGCAACCCCGGGCUUUGAGGUGCUUCCGGUGUCUGGAAAAGGGGCACGUCCGGGCAAAGUGCACCUCCGCAGCAGACCGUAGCGGUCUCUGCUAUCGCUGCGGUCAGCCCGGUCACAAGGCGGCCCAGUGUUCCGCCGCGCUAAACUGCUGCCUGUGUUCGGCCGCGGGAAAGCCGGCGGGACACAGAUUGGGCGGGGGAGCCUGUGGCAUGCCCACCAGCACUGCCAAAAAGGCAGGGAAGAGGAGCUCCAAGCCUGCCGGGGGCAACAUCAAUCACUCUGCCAGAGCUCAGGAUCUUCUACUCCAGACUAUGGCAGAGUGGUCGAUCGACGUGGCUGUGGUCGCCGAGCCGUACUUCGUCCCCGCCCGUGACAACUGGUUGGGGUGCGCUGACGGUUUGGUGGCCAUUAUUGGCGGGACUCUGAUCGACCCGUCCAGGGGCCGCGGCUGGGUUGCCGCGGUUUCGGACGGCAUCGCCGUUGUGGGGGCGUAUUUCUCCCCCAACAAGAGUCUCGCCGACUUCGAGGGUUUCUUUGUCGAGUUGGGCGCCGUCGUGAACCGCUACCACCCUCGUCCCGUUCUGGUGCUCGGGGAUCUCAACGCCAAGUCAUCGGCGUGGGGAUCUCCGGUCACUGACUCUCGGGGCGAGGCGUUGGAAGAGUGGGCGGUGACGACCGGUCUGGUCGUCCUGAAUCGGGGUUCGGAAUACACGUGCGUGCGGCAGCGGGGCGGGUCGAUUGUGGACGUCUCGUUCGCAAGCCCCUCUGUCGCCGGCCGAGUCCGCGACUGGCGUGUCGCCGUGGAGGUGGAGACGUUAUCGGACCAUCGUUAUAUCCGGUUCGACGUCUCCGCCCAGACCGCGAGCGGCCGCCAUCCAACAACCCCGAUCAACGACGGCCCCCGAUGGGCGCUCAAGCGCAUCGACAGGGAACUACUCGAGGAAGCUGCCUUAGUCCAGUCCUGGAUCUGGGAGUCGGCGACGGACGGCCCCGUCGACGUCGAAGCGGUGGCGCUGUGGUUUCGCGGGGCGAUGACGCAGAUUUGCGACGCGUCCAUGCCCCGUGUAAGCCAACAGUCCGCAAGGCGCCGGGUGUACUGGUGGACCGACGAGAUCGCGCGGCUGCGCGUUGAGUGCGUCGCAGCUCGCCGCCGGUACACUCGAUACCGGAGACGACGUCGACGGGAUCCCGUCGAGGAGGGCGCGCUGUAUGAGGUGUACCGCGCGUCCAAGGAGACUCUGUGGCUGGCCAUCGGCGACUCGAAGUCGCGUGCCGGGGAGGAGCUGCUGGGGUCCCUGGACCGGGAUCCGUGGGGGCGCCCCUACCGUUGGGUACGGGGCAAGUUGCGUCCCUGGGCGCCCCCAGUGGUCCAGGGCAUGCAGCCCCAGUUGCUAGAGGCGGUGGUGUCGGCCCUCUUCCCUGAGCGGACGGGACACGUUCCCCCGGCGAUGGCUUCACCCUCAGCCACAGACUCUCCUGAUGAGGAGAGCACCGAUGUCCCCGAGGUGACGCAAGAAGAGACGAGAGCAGCCGUGUCGCGACUCCGGGCGAAAAACACGGCGCCCGGACCCGACGGAGUUCCCGGUCGUGCUCUCGUCUUAGCUCUGAAGGAGCUAGAGCCCCAGCUGAGGGGGCUCUUCACGGCAUGCCUCGAGCGGGGUCAGUUUCCCAGUUUGUGGAAGGAGGGGAGGCUGGUCCUGCUCAGAAAGGAGGGGCGCCCCGCGGACUCGCCGUCCGCAUACCGGCCCAUAGUGCUGCUAGACGAGGCGGGCAAACUGUUCGAGCGAAUCAUCGCAGAUCGCCUCGUCAGCCACUUGUGCAGAGAGGGGCCGGACCUGGACGACAACCAGUUUGGUUUUCGUCGGGGGCGCUCCACCAUAGACGCCAUCAUGCGCGUGAGGGCCCUGGCGGAGGAGACAGUGUCCCGGGGUGGGGUGGUGCUGGCGGUGUCGUUGGACAUCUCCAACGCCUUCAACACCCUACCCUGGAGUUGUAUUCGGGAGGCCCUAAAAUAUCAUCGUGUGCCUCCCUACCUCCGUCGUACAGUAGGGGGGCCUAUUUGGAGGAUAGGUGCGUCACCUAUCGGGGACGUGACGGUGCUGAUAUUAUUCCACACGAUGGACACCUUUUUUCGAAGUUUAGCUUAUUUGAGUAUAUUUCUAAAUUUGAUUGAGUUACCAGAUGACAAACGAAAUGAGGCAGACCAAUUGACACUAAAAAUCAUAGCUGGCAGCAUUCUGGUACCUUUGUGGAUAGGCAAGGAUAUACUUCUGGUGAUAUUACAAUGUGUUCUGUGUGAGAAGUUCUAUAUUGCCGUCGAAGAGGCAGAGUCAGCAUGCAUACAAAUGGUGAAGAAAAUUGACCAUUCAGGUGAGCGUCCAGGCUUUCUUUUAGAAAUUGAAGAAACUGUCAUUACUGUAUCAGUGAUCAGUCCAGUCAGAUCAGAACAGUGA